AUGAGCUUAAGAAUCUUGUCCACUAGAGCUAUUAAACCAGCUUCAAAAUUAGCUGCAACCCAAUUAUCUUUACGUUCCAUUCCAAUUGGUGUUCGUCAUUAUUCAGCUCCUGUUGAACCAAAAGCAAAAGCCUCUUCCAUUAUCGAUUCUUUACCAGGAAAUGGAAUUUUAAGUAAAACUGGAAUCUUAGCUACUGGAAUUGCUGGUUCUGUUUAUGCAAUUUCUUCCGGUUUUUAUGUUGUUAAUGAAGAAACUUUGUUAGUUAUAUCCUUUGGUGGUGUCUGUAUAUUAGUCUCAAAACUAUUGGCUCCAUUGUAUACCGAUUUUGCUAAAGACCGUAUUGCCAAAAUCACUUCAAUUUUAAAUAACUCAAAAUUAAAACACAUUGAUUCAAUCAACUCAAGAAUUGACGAGGUAUCCAAAUUAAAAGAUAUCAAACCAAUCACUAAUGCUUUAUUUGAUGUCUCAAAGGAAACCCUUGAAUUAGAGAAAAAUAACUUUGAAUUAAAACAAAAGAUUAAUAUUUUAAAUGAAGCAAAAUCAGUUUUGGAUUCAUGGGUAAAAUACGAAAACUCAAUUAAAUUAUUGGAACAUCAACAAUUGUCCUCUUCAGUCAUUAAGAGUGUCUCUUCAAAAUUAGACGAUAAGACUUUUCAAAAUCAAAUCUUGUCUCAAAGUGUUCAAGAAGUUGAAAAAAUUUUUGCAAGUCAUUAA